AUGGCGACCAAGAAUAGUACCGACUAUCUAGCCAGUGACACCGAACCCGACUCCAAAAUCACCAAGGCUAGCCAACUACCUAGCCUCCUAAACGUUGAGAAUCUUGAUUCUAACGACGUCGAUCCCGAAGAUGACAAGGUCAACAUCAAAAACGACCUCCUCCAUAGUGCAGACGUGGGUACACUAGACACACAAGGGUCCAACCUACCAAAGUUGACUCAAGUCAUAAUUACAAACGUGCCUCGACUGAAACACAACUCGAAGGACCUAGACAGAUGGGCUCUCCGGGUGAGAUACGCACUGGGACAACUCCGACUGCAACACUUGAUCAACAGCAGUGUUCCCCGGCCAGCUAAAGGCCAACACAACUUCAACAGAUGGGUGCAAUGGUCACGUACUGUGGCCAACUGGCUAUAUCUCCAGGUCGACGAAGACAUCCAAGAGCAGCUUCAGCGUCUCCGCAAGAUACCCAGCAAAGCGGAUGUUUUAUUCGACAAAAUUAUGAAGGUGGUUCGAGAAAAUGACAAGACUGCCAAUGCCGAUAUAAAAUUCCUCAAAUACGACAGCCAAACGAGAGCAGACCUGAAGGCUGUGAGGAAGUACAUUGCGGCACACAAAACUCCGUUCCACUUGCUUGGUUCGAACCUGCUCCCCGUCUCUUCUUUGCGCUAG